AAGGUGUGGAGACGGCACAGGGGAUGCUGUGUGGCGGUGGUUUGACACCUCGUCGGGAGAAUGGCUCUCACCUGUGCUCACCUUGGCUUCCCUGUACCUCGCCAAGCCUGGGAGGAGUGAUGCUCUUGGCACGGCGGGUGAUCUGGUGCUGUGUGUGCUACAGAGGUGGCAGCCAGUCAGCGCCGUUAGCACUCACCUGCUUUGUGAUCUUUGAGCUUCUCACCUGACAUUCCCAUUUGCUGUUUGGGUGGUUGCGUCUGCAAACAGCUCUGGGCUUUAGAGAAAGACAGCUGGAGCAAACAGCCACUGAAGGGCUGUCUGCUUCACAGGUGUACAUCUCCAUCUGAUGGGGGUACAUCUCCACCUGAGGGGUGUACAUUUGCGAUCUGAUGAGUGUACAUCUCCAUCUGAGGGGUGUGCGUCUCCACCGGCCGGGUGUGCGUCUCUGCCCGACUGACAGCUGUGCGUCGUGUAGUGGGUGCACCGUGAAUUUUGUGUGUGGGUCCCAGUGCAAGGUGUAUCAGGAUUUCAGCCGGUAUUUGUCUUUCUUCCAGAAUUUGUCCUUAUUUGCCCUUCUCUGGGCAGCUGCAGAGGCAGCCACGGCCCCUUGGAGUGGCGGGGCUGCUCUGUCCAGUGCUCCCCUCCCCACUCUCCCCUGGUAUCACGGGCAGGGUGAUGGGGUGCAGUAACACAGCUCAGGAUUGGCGAGGGGCACCAGGGCUGGGGACAGUGGCUGUUCCCCCUGUGCAGGGGUGCUCCUCGUGCCCCACUGCAGUGAAGCGCCUGGGAGCUGGCAGCUGCCAGCUCCUGCCAUGCCGCACUGUGCCAAGCCGUGCUGCGCCUCAGGUCAGGUUCCCCUCCACUCACAAUGACCGCGGUAACAUUUACACAGUGGCAAGAGCCCAUCAAAUAUUCAUGGGGACAUUAUCUAUUGAUGGGAGCUGCUGGCACAGGCACGCCCAAAGGUGCUCCUCCUUUGGCCAUGUCCGCGCUGCCCUCAAAAAUCUAUGGAGUUUCUCCUCCUCCAGAGGCUGCCGACUGCUGUCGGGUCUCCCCCCGCGCUGGAGCCGGCACCGGCACCAGUGCUGGUAGGAUUACCAGCUAAGGAGCUUUGCGGCAGAGGGAAGCGGAGGAGAUUACAAGAUUUCUCAUUAGGUUGGGGGCGAAUGUGCGUAAUUUCCCACAAGCUCUGUUCCCGCAUCUUGCUCUGUCCUGAGGGGCAAGGUGGGUGCAGGCAGCCGGCACAUGGCCCCGGCUGCAGGACAGUGCUGCAGCACGGUGACUUGUGUCCCUGCUUUGGCAGAAGAUGCUGGGCUGGGGUUCACCUUGCUCAUCUUUGCUUGCACUGGGCAAAAUUUGAGGGAUAUGCUGUUGGGGCCGUGGCCCCAAGGGGGAAAACCAGACCGACUUCGGCAAAGAGCCGGGCUCUGCUGCAGGAGAGCCUUCAGCCUGCCGCCUGCGCCCUUGCCCAGCCGUGGGGUUGGCAGCGUACACGCAGUGCUGCCAGAGGGUUUGGUUUCAGACCUGUGCAAGGGGAUGCUGUGCUGCGGUGCGUGGCCGGAGGGAGGCAAGGAAGAACCCCUUCACUGCGUGGCCUCAGCCCCCAGUGUGCCCCAAAACGGGGCUGGGCCAGCAGCCGCGCCCGCGGGGGGAUGCCCAGCGGGGCACAGCGGGGUCCUGCCCCGCCGAGGCUCCUCGGGGGACCUCGGCAACGGCGCUGCCCUUCCUGCCCCCACCUGCCCGCGUGCCGAUCGCUCGCUUCCUGAGCUCAUCAAAUAUUGAGGGCAGGAGGGCUGACGGGAGCUCCGCGCCCGCCGCCUCGCAGCCCCCCGCCGUCACGUUGGCGGCGCGCGGGAGGAGCUCCCGCCUCGCCCGGGGCGCCGGCUAAAUUUAGGCAGCUGGCGCUGCUGCCCGGCGGAGCAGCAUGCAGGUCUCCUUUGUGUGCUCCGAGCACAGCAUCAAGAGCCGGAGCGCGGAGGACCGGCUGAACCGACAGAAUGCCGGCAGCCCCAGCCUCGGCACCCGCGGCAAGUUCCGCGCGGUGGCCAUGGUGGCCCGCAGCCUGGGGCAGCUCUCGGUGCAGAACGCCCCCUCCUCCAGCGAGUCCAGCGUCAAGCAGCCGGGGAUGAAAUACCGGAACCUCGGGAAGUCUGGGCUGCGCGUGUCCUGCCUGGGCCUGGGGACAUGGGUGACUUUCGGAGGGCAGAUCACAGAUGAGAUGGCGGAGCAGCUGAUGACUUUAGCUUAUGACAACGGCAUUAAUCUCUUUGACACAGCAGAAGUCUACGCUGCUGGCAAGGCCGAAGUGGUGCUGGGGAACAUCAUCAAGAAAAAAGGGUGGAGACGGUCCAGCCUGGUCAUCACCACCAAAAUCUUCUGGGGAGGAAAGGCCGAGACAGAGAGGGGCCUGUCCCGAAAACACAUCAUAGAAGGUCUGAAGGCGUCGCUGGAGCGGCUGCAGCUGGAGUACGUGGACGUCGUGUUCGCCAACCGGCCCGACCCCAACACGCCAAUGGAAGGGGACCCAUUUAGUUCCUCCAAGUCCAGGACUUUCAUCGUAGAAGAGACGGUGCGAGCCAUGACCCACGUCAUCAACCAGGGGAUGGCCAUGUACUGGGGGACCUCGCGCUGGAGCUCCAUGGAGAUCAUGGAGGCGUACUCGGUGGCCCGGCAGUUCAACCUGAUCCCGCCGAUCUGUGAGCAGGCUGAGUACCACAUGUUCCAGCGGGAAAAGGUGGAGGUGCAGCUGCCUGAGCUCUUCCACAAGAUAGGCGUCGGAGCCAUGACCUGGUCCCCACUGGCCUGUGGCAUCGUCUCGGGGAAGUACGACGGGGGGAUCCCCCCCUACUCCCGUGCCUCGCUGAAGGGAUACCAGUGGCUGAAGGACAAGAUCCUGAGUGAGGAGGGCCGGCGGCAGCAGGCGAAGCUGAAGGAGCUGCAGGCCAUUGCCGAGCGCCUGGGCUGCACUUUGCCCCAGCUCGCCAUCGCCUGGUGCCUGCGCAACGAGAGUGUCAGCUCAGUCUUACUGGGGGCCUCCAAUGCCGAUCAGCUGAUGGAGAAUAUUGGAGCAAUACAGGUCCUUCCAAAGCUGUCGUCUUCCAUCGUCCAUGAGAUCGAUAGCAUCCUGGGCAACAAACCCUACAGCAAGAAGGACUACAGAUCCUAAGCGCGCCCGAGCGCGCCGCCCGCCGCGCAGCCCUCGCCGCCCGUUCGCUUGCUUACGCUUUGUUGGAGCAAAGUGGAGAGUGUGGUUUGCACCACGAGCGCCGAGAGCCAGCGCUCCUGCCCGCGCUGCCCCGGACACGGCGCCACGGCCGCUCGGCCUGGCUCUGGGGCACAGGGACGGCCGGUGGGGCGUGCGGGAGACGAGCCCCACUGCCCGGCCGCCCUGCCCGCAGCCGGAGCCGCCGCGGGCCCGUUGCAUGCGCGGCUCCCGCCCCUGCGUUGCCGGAGGUGGCGGGCGCGGGGUGCACGCGGGUGCUGUACGCCCACGAGGCUGACAACACGAAGCUGUUCCCCA